AUGUACAAGCAUCCUAGAGAAGAGCUCACUGAGGCUUACUCUUUGCCUCCUUUCGAGCCUAACUCUGUUGGGAAGCUUAGGUACUUACCGGUUCACAACUCCCGUAAACGGGUUUGCACGCUCGAGCCAUAUCCUGACUUCCCUGCUCACAAUGCUCUCUCAACCGCUACGGUUUUGGUAUCAUCACACAACAGCUCCGCGUACGAGGACACCUCUGGCUCUUGCGUGACAGACGAAUUCAAUGACUUCAAACACAAGAUAAAAGAACUCGAGACAGUGAUGAUGGGGCCAGACUCCUUAGACUUAGUAGUCGAUUACACUGACUCCUUCGACUCGACGUCAUGCCAAGAGAUUAACAGCUGGAGAUCAACUCUAGAAGCCAUCUCGAGGCGGGAUCUAAGAGCUGAUCUUGUUUCAUGCGCAAAAGCCAUGUCUGAGAACGAUCUCAUGAUGGCACAUUCGAUGAUGGAGAAGCUACGCCUGAUGGUAUCGGUUUCUGGCGAGCCGAUCCAACGGUUAGGAGCUUACUUACUUGAAGGCCUUGUGGCUCAGUUAGCUUCAUCAGGUAGUUCCAUAUACAAAGCACUUAACAAGUGCCCUGAGCCUGCGAGCGACGACCUUCUCUCUUACAUGCACAUUCUCUAUGAGGUUUGUCCUUACUUCAAGUUCGGUUACAUGUCAGCAAACGGUGCCAUUGCUGAAGCCAUGAAGGAAGAAAACAGAGUUCACAUAAUCGAUUUUCAGAUCGGUCAAGGGAGUCAGUGGGUGACUCUUAUACAGGCCUUUGCAGCUAGACCUGGUGGUCCUCCUCGGAUACGGAUAACGGGUAUUGAUGAUAUGACUUCAGCGUAUGCUCGUGGAGGUGGCUUGAGCAUUGUUGGAAACAGACUCGCUAAGCUUGCUAAGCAGUUUAAUGUUCCGUUUGAGUUUAACUCUGUGGCUGUGUCCGUCUCCGAGGUUAAACCUAUUAACCUCCGAGUCCGGCCAGGGGAAGCUCUAGCCGUUAACUUCGCCUUUGUGCUUCAUCAUAUGCCGGACGAAAGCGUGAGCACCGAGAAUCACCGGGACCGGUUACUGAGAAUGGUGAAGAGCUUGUCUCCAAAGGUGGUGACUCUAGUGGAGCAAGAGUCAAACACGAACACGGCUGCUUUCUUCCCGAGGUUCAUGGAGACGAUGAAUUACUAUGCGGCGAUGUUUGAGUCGAUUGAUGUGACUCUCCCAAGGAAUCACAAACAGAGGAUUAAUGUGGAGCAGCAUUGUCUAGCAAGAGAUGUAGUGAACAUCAUAGCGUGUGAAGGAGCUGAUCGUGUGGAGCGGCAUGAGCUCUUAGGGAAAUGGAGUUCACGGUUUGGGAUGGCUGGUUUCACUCCUUACCCUUUGAGCCCCUUGGUGAAUUCCACCAUUAAAACUCUGCUCAGGAACUAUUCUGACAAAUACAGACUGGAAGAAAGAGAUGGAGCGUUGUAUCUUGGUUUAUCAGCAAAUGCUAAGGACUUCCCCAUUGUUGCUAAACCUGGGUCUGACAUCACUGCUGCAUUGUUGAAAGCAUUCAACGAAGCAUGCCAGUUCCCGACGAGGAGCAGCGUUGUGAUCCCAAAAGGUGAAUACAAGCUCGGUGAAAUAGAGAUGAAGGGUCCAUGCAAAGCUCCCAUGCACAUUAAUCUUCAAGGAACCGUGAAAGCCGACGGAAACAUUCACGGGAAGGACUUUUGGGUCGCUUUCCGCUACAUGACCGGGUUUAAGUUGAACGGUGGUGGUACCUUCGAUGGUGAAGGCAACGCAGCAUGGAGGGUCAACAAUUGCCACAAGACAUUUGAGUGCAAGAAACUCCCCAUCAGCAUUCGAUUUGAUUACAUCACCGACGGUAAGGUCAGAGGCAUAACCUCUUUGGACGCAAAGAACUUCCACAUUAACGUCAUCGGAGCAAAGAACAUGACCUUCGAAGACGUCAAGAUCUUUGCUCCCGAAGAGAGUCCCAACACCGACGGAAUCCACGUGGGAAGAAGUGACGGAAUCAAGAUCAUCAACACGCUCAUCUCCACGGGAGACGACUGUGUCUCUGUCGGUGACGGAAUGAAGAACCUUCUCGUGGAAAGAGUUACUUGCGGUCCAGGACACGGUCUCAGCAUUGGAAGUCUUGGAAGGUACGGGCACGAGCAAGAUGUCAGUGGCAUCAGAAUCAUCAACUGUACCCUUCAAGGAACUGACAAUGGUCUUAGAAUCAAGACAUGGCCAUCCGCAGCUUGCUCCACCACCGCCUCCGGUAUGCAUUUCGAGAACAUUGUCCUCAAGAACGUCAGCAACCCCAUCCUUAUCGACCAGGAGUACUGCCCAUGGAACCAAUGCAACAAGCAGAAACCAUCGACGAUCAAGCUAAUGGACAUAAGCUUCAAGAACAUCAGAGGAACUUCAGGGAACAAAGACGCCGUCAAGCUUUUGUGCAGCAAGGGAUUCCCGUGUAAGAACGUGGUGCUCGGUGACAUUAACAUCAAGUAUAACGGAGCCGACGGUCCAGCCACGUUCCAAUGCUCCAACGUAUCUCCGUCGUUGACCGGAACUCAGAUUCCUAAAGCGUGUAGCAGCCCAGUGACGAAGGCUCAUUAG